GCGCGGGGAAGGACCGGAACUCCGGACGGACGGCUUGUUGAUAAUAUGGCGGCAGGAGCUGCCUGGCCAUCCCGAGGAGGCGGUGGUGCCCACACCCGGAAGAAGGGUCUCUUUUCCGGCUAGUGCCUGGUGCCUGGCGCCUGCCGGCCCGGAAGUCCGGGCCAGUUGCUGAAUGAGGGGAGCCGGACCUUCUCCGCGACAGUCCCCCCACGCCCUCCGCCCCGACCGGGGCCCCGCCAUGUCCUUCUUCCGGCGGAAAGUGAAAGGCAAAGAACAAGAGAAGACCUCAGAUGUCACAUCCACUAAAGCUUCAAUAUCUGUACAUUCCCCACAAAAAAGCACUAAAAAUCAUGCCUUGCUGGAGGCUGCAGGACCAAGUCAUGUCGCAAUCAAUGCCAUUUCUGCCAACAUGGACUCCUUUUCAAGUAGCAGGACAGCAACCCUUAAGAAGCAGCCAAGUCAUAUGGAGGCUGCUCAUUUUGGGGACCUGGGCAGAUCUUGUCUGGACUACCAGACUCAAGAGACCAAAUCAAGUCUUUCAAAAACCCUUGAACAAGUCUUGCAUGACACUGUUGUCCUCCCAUAUUUCAUUCAAUUCAUGGAACUUCGGAGAAUGGAGCAUUUGGUUAAAUUUUGGCUGGAAGCUGAAAGUUUUCACUCUACAACUUGGUCCAGAAUAAGAGCACACAGUCUGAACACAGUGAAGCAGAGUUCACUGGCUGAGCCUGUCUCUCCAUCUAAAAAGCACCAAACUACAGCAUCUCUUAUAACUGAAUCUCUUGACAAGAGGUUGGAGGAUUCUUACUCUACCCAAUUGCUUAUGACUCAAUCAGAAGGAAUUGACCUAAAUAAUAGAACUAACAACACUCAGAAUCACUUACUGCUUUCCCAGGAAUGUGAUAGUGCCCAUUCUCUCCUUGAAAUGGCCAGAGCAGGAGCUCAUCAAGUUUCCCUGGAUACCCAAGAAUCCGCUUCCAAACUUACAGUAGCCAGUAGAAAUAUUCCCUCUUCUCCACUGAAAGAAUUAUCAGGAAAACUAAUGAAAAGUAUAGAACAAGAUGCAGUGAAUACUUUUACCAAAUAUAUAUCUCCAGAUGCUGCUAAACCAAUUCCAAUUACUGAAGCAAUGAGAAAUGACAUUAUAGCAAAAAUUUGUGGAGAAGAUGGACAGGUAGAUCCCAACUGUUUCGUUCUGGCACAGGCCAUAGUCUUUAGUGCAAUGGAGCAAGAGCACUUUAGUGAGUUUCUGCGAAGUCACCAUUUCUGUAAAUACCAGAUUGAAGUGCUGACCAGUGGAACUGUUUACCUGGCUGACAUUCUCUUCUGUGAGUCAGCCCUCUUUUAUUUCUCUGAGUAUAUGGAAAAAGAAGAUGCAGUGAAUAUCUUACAAUUCUGGUUGGCAGCAGAUAACUUCCAAUCUCAGCUUGCUGCCAAAAAGGGCCAGUAUGACGGACAGGAGGCACAGAACGAUGCCAUGAUUUUGUAUGACAAGUACUUCUCCCUCCAAGCCACACAUCCUCUUGGAUUUGAUGAUGUUGUACGAUUAGAAAUUGAGUCCAAUAUCUGCAGGGAAGGUGGGCCACUCCCUAACUGCUUCACAACACCAUUACGUCAGGCCUGGACAACCAUGGAGAAGGUCUUUCUGCCUGGAUUUUUGUCCAGCAAUCUUUAUUAUAAGUAUUUAAAUGACCUCAUCCAUUCCGUUCGAGGAGAUGAAUUUCCCGGAGGGAAUGUUUCACUAGCUUCCCAUAGCUCUGUAAGCCUUCCAGAUGAGUCUCAUUCAGGAGGUUCUGACAGCUCCACCUCUCAGUCCAAUGUGAAAAAAGCCAGUAUUAAAAUUCUGAAAAAUUUUGACGAAGCAAUAAUUGUGGAUGCUGCAAGUCUGGAUCCAGAAUCUUUAUACCAACGGACAUAUGCAGGGAAGAUGACAUUUGGAAGAGUCAGUGACUUGGGGCAGUUCAUCCGAGAAUCUGAGCCUGAACCUGAUGUAAAGAAAUCAAAAGGCUCCAUGUUCUCACAAGCUAUGAAGAAGUGGGUUCAAGGAAAUACUGAUGAGGCCCAAGAAGAGCUAGCUUGGAAGAUUGCUAAAAUGAUAGUCAGUGACGUUAUGCAGCAGGCACACUAUGAUCAACCAAUAGAGAAGUCUACAAAGCUAUGACUCAAGCCCAGACAUAAGGAAAGCUGCUUCUGAAAAAUGAGAGAACUUCCUUCUUUGAUUGGAAUCUUCAACACAGCCAAUGAAAACAGAGCACUGUAUUUCUGUUCACUGGUAGAUCACUGUUGUUUCCAUGAAAGAAUAGGAGACAAUCCUAGAUUUCCACCAUGAUACAGAAUAUCAUAUAGACAAAUGAUGCACAUGAUAUUCACACAGUAAGUCACAAAAAUACAAAGUGGUAUUGUUGACAUUAUUAGAAAUUUAAUAGUUUUCCAGUGGCCAGUAGUCCACUUAGGUAGAGGUACCCGCUGGGACAGGGACCACAUCUUGUAAGAGGCAGAUAACCACAGAGCUGGUAUUUGAUGCACAUUCUUGUAGCAGGAAUCCUUUCCUGACAGCAGCAUAAAAUACGUGCCAGAGGUGCUUUGCUUUGUUCUCCUAAAAUAACCAUUUCACUUCUUCCCACCAAGAGCCAGGCAGCUCCAAGUGGCAGUAUGGGGCCUGCAGCUUGGGAAAAGGUAAGGAUUUCUUAUGUAAUCUGCUGCACAGAGGCACAUUUUUAGAAGGAAACUGACAAAGUCACAACUCAAGCCUCAGUGAUGCCAUCUUUCUCUUUGGUGGCAAUAUGCAGUGUUCACAUUAUACUUGCUUCUGAGAGGCAGUAUCCUUACAACCAGUCUCUCCCCUGCUAACAAAAGGGCAAAUUUAGUUUGAGCUUUAGGACUUGUUCCUCUGGAAUUCUGCACUCCAGUUGCUAGGAAAUGCAAUGAUCACUCCAGUUUUUCCUUGAACAAAAUGGUUUUUUCCAGAUUAUAAUUAAAAAAAUAAUAAGAUAGGGAGAGAGGCCCUCAUCUUUGUUUGACUGGCUUCUCCUUCUUUGCUAUGAGUGGGAGGUAUGCAGUCGGUCAUUUUCCUUUCUGUCUUCAGGACAGUGUGGGACACUUUCUCUACUGCUCAGUUGACUUUGCUUCAAGACUGCACAGCCAUGGUCAGGGCCUUCCAUUUGGCAAGCACAGUCUUCUCUUAGGUGUUACUGCUUUUGCUCAGAUUUUACAAAAAUAAAAAUGAAUAUAUAUGUAUAUAAUUAUUAAUCACCUCUGUCCUUGAGAAAGUCUUGAAUGAAUAGAGAAUUUAUUCCAUUGCAAUAUUGAUUGUAUACAGACACACCGUUUUAUCAACAGAAGAAACAAAAAGGCUGUGUGUAAGUUUUUGGUACUAUGUACCACCUCUGUUAUUCUUCUAAAGUUGAAGUAUUCAUGUACUUAAACAAUAUUCUAUUUAAUUGUGUUUGAUUUUAAAUAUAUAAAUAUGAAUUAUAUUU